AUGAGUGAUGGCAAAGCUAAUGCUAAAGGCAAACAAAAGCGCGUUCAAAUACCUGUCGCGUGUGUCUGCUGCCGCCAGCGGAAGAAGAAGGCACGUUUCAAUCGCAAAUUCUGCGAUGGUAAACGACCAACAUGCUCGGCAUGUAGCAUUUCUCAGCAGAGUUGCACUUAUACUGCAGAACCCGAUGCGCCGCCAAUUAUAGCGCUCAAGCGCAAGCACGAUGCACUACAAAGGCAGUAUGCGGAUGUCACGCAACUUUUGAGUCACUUCAAAUCUGCUUCCCAAUUCGAAGCACAUAAGCUCCUAGAACUCCUGAGACAAACCGAUACAGACAUGGAUACGAUGUUAGAAUUUGCAAGAGCCCUGCCCCCAUCUGAUCCCGAUAUUUCGGGUCGUCCAACCGCCGCCUUGGAGACGUUCGACCAUAGCCGGGAGCAUGGUAACCAUCUUGUAAAACCUUCUCUAACGACUCAUAGAUCUGAGAGUAUAUCAGAGCCAAGAUCCUCGAUCUCCAUGUCCACAUGGCAAGAGCCGCGCAAUUUUGUCGGGUCUUUUGAGGGGCUCACAAACCGUCAUGAGAUUCCUUGCGAGAACAAAUUUCGCACCGCGAUAUCGUGCUUCCACCAUGGCGCUGGUAAAUUGUUUGGCAUCUUCUCUCAGGAUCAGAUCGAGUCUUCAUUUGACCAAGUCUUUCGUGUAAGCGGUGGCCGUCAGUCUUCUGCUCACGCCCUGUGCAGGCUGAGUUGUUUGGCUGCUGUCGGUUGCUUGUACACAACAAACAAAGAGCAUAGCGAACUUCCUAAAGAUGAUUUCUAUCGAAUCGCCAGUGUACUCUUCGAGUAUUGCCUGGAUGCUGGAUCCUUGGCAUCAGCCACUUUCUGCACCUUGAUGGCUUUGUUCCACGCCUUGAGCCGGAUGACUGCAGCUCUAGGCUACAUUGAGCUGGGCAUCAGCUUCUGCAGAAAGCACGAUAUCCAAAGCGAUCGCCGUCCUCAGGAAAUAUCAUCAGAACUGUGGCUAAGUUCCAGGAGAGCCUGGCGUUGUAUGAUGUUCCUUGGUGCCUGGAUAUCAUCAACCAUCGGAUACAUAUCAGGCAAUGUAUGGGAUGCGCUGGACAAAUCUAAUGCUACCAUACACGAUCACUCCAUCGGAAGCGACAUGGAGGACAGUGUACAAAUUCAAAUGGUCAAGAUUGCUGUUGUUCAACGCAAUAUUCUCGAUCUAAGCCUCGCUUCAUCGAGCAACAUUCUUUACGACACGCAUGAGAUAAGGCUCCAGCUUCUGAAAUGGUAUCGAGAAAUGCCGCCUUUUAUGCAGUUGUCCACUAUGGUAGAUCAAGCGGCUACAGAUCUAGAUAGCAAGAGCCGCUACUCGAUAUACCUCUGUCAUUGCUUAUACCUCGGGACCCUGAUGAUGUUCCAUCGUCGCAUUGUCCUUGCGCUCGGUCGCUUUGAUCCGGAUCAGGUGCCUGUGUUAAAGCGAGCUCUUCAACUCGAAGGACUAGCCCACGACUCUGUGGUCGCGGCACAUCAGACAGCUUCUAUUCUGGGUUUGCUUCUGGACCAAGGCGCCAUAUUUGAGCGCUGCUGGAUCGUCCUGUUAGUCUUCCACUGUCGCUUUGAUUGGUCCGCACUAACAACAUACUUAAGUUUCCAAGCUCACGCGAGUGCGACAACCUUGAUGUAUGACCUCGCCUGCCGAAAGGCAGAUGGAGCAUCUUUGCCAUAUAUGCACGAGAAGACUCUGGAACGAAUCCGUAUAUGCAUACGAGUAGUGACAUUCUGUGCUACAGUUGAUCCUGUUGCUCGAGUUUUCGAGAGGACCCUACAGCCGUGCUAUGUCAGAUUUUCGGAUCAUGAGCAUGACCCUACCAGCGAGCCAGAUGUUGGUUGGAAAAACAUGAAGGAUCAGCUCUACUACCAGAUGUUGAUGCCGUACGAAAGGGUAGCUGAUUAUGCGACUACCGGCAGUCUGACCCAUGACUGUAACUCAUGUUCGCCGAUUCAAUCGUUAACGACCUCAAGAGUGAGAAGACUAUGGUUGUCAAACUCGCUGAGAGAGGCCUCCAGGACAUCCCGAAUCUCUCAUUUUGAGUUGGAUGACGACGCUUUACCUUCCUUUCAUGUUCAACCGGAAUUGCCUCCGAAUGAUUUACGCUCGCCACAAGAAGAGCCGACGUCGUUAGACACAUUUCGAUCAGGGCUCCAAUCUUCUAGGGUCCCUGUUCUGGCCUCUUUACUCGAAGAACUUCGACCUGGGCACAUUCUCCGCGAAUUCCUCUAUUGCGGAUGGUCUUAA